CUCGCUCUUUCUUUCCAUCUUGUGAACUGCGCAUCGGUGAAGCAGCACCGCGACAGUGUUUACAGUAGGCCUUCGGGGCUUACAGGUUUUCAUCUUUGUUUUUGACAGUUGAACUGCGAAGGGCUUGCACAGGGGCUAACGCUCUGCCUACAGACUGAGCGGGAUCUCGCGAGAGCAGUGGCGUGGCUGCUUGGCAGUAGGCUUGCAGUAAGACAGAGGGAGAAGGCAGGCAGCAUCAUGGCGGACAGAGACAGUGGAAGUGAGCAGGGAGGAGCAGCCACGGGCCCGGGUGUCGGUUCCAUGCACCCAGUGACAGGAGGGGCGGGCUCGGCUUCUGGGCUGCAGCACGAGACGCAGGAGCUCGCCUCGAAGCGGGUUGACAUCCAGAACAAACGCUUCUAUCUAGACGUAAAGCAGAACGCGAAAGGCCGCUUCUUGAAGAUAGCAGAAGUCGGGGCCGGGGGAAACAAGAGCCGCCUCACUCUCUCCAUGUCUGUGGCUGUCGAGUUCCGCGACUACCUGGGGGACUUCAUCGAGCACUAUGCCCAGUUAGGGCCGAGCAAUCCGGACAUAGCGCAGGACGAGCCGCGGCGGGCGCUGAAGAGCGAGUUUCUGGUGCGGGAGAAUCGGAAGUACUACAUGGAUCUGAAGGAGAACCAGAGGGGCCGCUUUCUGAGGAUCCGGCAGACCGUCAACCGGGGGCCCGGCUUGGGAUCCACGCAAGGCCAGACCAUCGCUCUUCCAGCCCAGGGACUUAUCGAGUUUCGCGACGCGCUUGCCAAACUCAUCGACGACUACGGAGUGGAUGACGAGCCGGCGGAGCUGCCUGAGGGAACCUCGUUAACUGUGGACAACAAGCGCUUUUUCUUUGACGUGGGCUCCAAUAAGUACGGGGUGUUCAUGAGGGUAAGCGAAGUCAAGCCCACCUAUCGCAACUCUAUCACAGUGCCCUACAAAGUGUGGUCGAAAUUCGGCAGCACUUUCUGUAAAUACGCAGACGAAAUGAAAAAGAUUCAAGAGAAGCAGCGGGAAAAAAGGGCAUGCGAGCUUCAGCAGCAGCAACAAGAGGAGAUGCACGGAGACGACGGGGAAGAGGAUUGAUAGUGGAGAGAAACAUACAAAAAAUAAUCCGAAUAACCUAAAAAUAAAUUCUACGUACUUUGCUGUAAAAAAAGAGAGAGAGAUACAUAAAAGAUAAGUAACUGUUUAACUCCAAAGGAGCACUACCCACAAAAAAUACAAACCUCCACAGACUGACAGUCCACCCAUCGCUGGAUGUCAUCCACUUACCCACCAUUAAUACAGUAAGCGGCUGCUAAACCAAGUAAUAACAUUAUAUAUGAACUGUGUUUCCUACUUGACGACAACAGAACUGAGUGUUUCUUUUCCCCUUAUUAACCGAGAACUUUUGUACACGUUCCAAGAUAUUAUAAAAAGUGUUUGCAAUGGAGUUAUUGCCGAGAUUACAAGGAAGCGGUUCCUUUACGUGUGAGCUAAUGACUUCAGCACAAAUCAGAUGUUUUAGUUUUUUUAAAACCAAAUUUUCGAAUCAUCUGAAGAGGUUGUCAUGGUAGCCAUGCCACUAGAUAUUCCAAGCAUCACCUGAGGGCUAGAUAGGAACCCUGAUGGGAGGGGAAAAUAUCAACCUGUUGAUUGACAGAGGUACAGGGGUCAGCAGAGCGAGUGGUCGCUGUGUGCAAGCGUCCAGAGGCGGUGGGCGACCUCUUCUCAAACAUUCUGAGUAGUAUUACCAGUGUAUUUUUUUAAUUAAAGUUCUUGUCCUGCAGAUGAUAUGCUAUGUAUUUGUGUCUCGUUGUCAUGCACAGUGUAUUAAAAAAAAAGGUACUUAAGUAAAAGCAA